CAUUGUCGACCACUUGCAUCAGCUACAGACGUCGUCUCUCUCUCCUCCACUUCAACAAACACUUGAUCUCGCGCGAAUGCGCGAUCCCUCUAUUUAUACCCCGCUUCUCUCACAUUCCGUCUUCAACAACUCUGGCGAGCAGCAGUGAACGUACUUACGUCUUCCCCCAGCUAGCUAGCUAUCUACCUUGGUGGUGGCGAUUGAUAUAUAGAUUAAACAUGGCGCCUCAAAGCCUGGAUCUCGGGCUGAGUCUCGGCCUGGGCGUGGCGGCAUUCCAGCCCAGCUUCUGCCACCCGGCCGGCAAUGACGCGGCGGAGCGGGAGGCCAGCCCGACCGCGGACGAGAGGGAGCGGAGGUGCUCGCCCGCCGGCAGCCCGACGUCGAGCGGCAGCGGGAAGCGCGUCGCGGCGGAGAGGUCGGCCGGCAGCGGCAGCGGCGACGAGGACGACGACGGGGGCGCUCGCAAGAAGCUGCGGCUGUCCAAGGACCAGGCCGCCGUGCUCGAGGAGUGCUUCAAAACGCACCACACCCUCACUCCGGUUCUGUCCGUCUCGGCGCUGCAGAAGCAGAAGGCAGCGCUGGCCAGCCGCCUGGGCCUCCGGGCGCGGCAGGUGGAGGUGUGGUUCCAGAACCGGCGCGCCCGGACCAAGCUGAAGCAGACGGAGGUCGACUGCGAGUACCUCAGGCGCUGGUGCGAGCAGCUCGCCGAGGAGAACCGGCGCCUGGGCAAGGAGGUCGCCGAGCUCAGGGCGCUGAGCGCCGCGCCCGCGCCAGCGGCCCCUCUCACCGCCCUCACAAUGUGCCUCUCCUGCAGGCGCGUCUCCUCUUCAUCCUGCUCAUCCUCGCCGCCUAACACGCACGCGCAUGCCGCUGCAGCUGGCACUGGCAGGAGCGUGGCGGCGGCGGCGGCGACGACGUUGCCCGCCCACCGGCAGUUCUUGUGCGGGUUCAGAGACGGCGGGGCGGCCGCCGCCGCAGUGUACGGGACCUCAUCGGCUCUCGCAAAGGCCCUCAGGGCGGCCAGAUAGGCGCAGUCGUCGUCACUAGCUCUCUCCGCUGAUCUGGACUUGCUCUGCUCACCGGAGCUCCGGCGAUCGAGCGAUGCCACGGAAGUGCGUGGCCCCAAGUUGCAACUAAUUGCAACUGCAGAGCAAGUGUUGUAGCUGAAUCAUCUUUAGUUUUUUUUCCUCCGUAUCUUUAGAGCGGAAUGCCGCAUGCAAAUGUUCUUUAGAAUCGAUUUCAUGUGGGUGUAUGAUUGUACUCAUGCUGUGGAAAUUAAUAACGGUUUGUAGAUGAGGUAA